AUGGCUUCCUCCAGGUACAGUACGGCGCCGUCCUUCACGACAAUGCACGGUCCUCAAAAACGAACUGUCGACUGUUAUUUCAAUUUAUUUGAGCGACCUCGGCCACUUCGCUGUUGCAACCCAGACAGACCAUCAACCGGGUACUCUGAAGCGACCGAGAGAAACUGGCCCACAAGGCAAUCAUCCUUACCUCACGACGUUCUUCCCUACUUCACAAGACAUCGCCCCUUGACCCCUACAGCUUUUCUGUAUACCCCAGAGCACUAUGUGCAAGCUAAUGAUGAACGCCACCGAGAGAUGCACGCGACAUGCGAGGAGGAAGAAGACAUUGGCGACGAGAUGACUGCCGAACUCGAGUCAACAACAACAACCAGUGUACCACUUCGAAAACCAAUCUCCCAAACCCGUCUGGACGCACCACUUCCCUCAAGUCCACCAUUAGACUCUCCACCAACACCUCCCAAUCUUCAUAGCACUUUGACGCAGACAUCCAACGUCAGCACCACCACCACCAACAACAACAACAUCGAAGAAACAACGACAACAACAACAACCGCUAGCUCUGUCCCUCCCCAAUGUCCAGUCCACCACAGUCCCAACACCUGUCUCUACUGCCGCACCAAUCCACCAAUCACCAUAAACACCACCAACACUCCCCCUCCCUACCCAUCAAUUACUCACCCUACCCCAUUGUGUCGCGUACAACAUCCCAGUCAUUAUCACACGACCGCCGACGGUCCUGUUUUCUUGAACAGUCGUCGACAACAACAAGAAGAGCAACAAUAUCCAACAUGUCUCCUCGAAAACUAUUUCCCUACUCCUCCAUCGAUGUUUCCAGGACGUGGAGGUCUUACUGUUACUUCUCCUCGGACGGUUUUAAGGGGGUUUUAUAGAGAGGAAGUGAGAUCGAGGAUUGUGAAAGUUAGGGAGAGAAUUGGGUUUUGUAGGUUUUGUUUUUGUCGUUGGGGGAGGGGGAUGAAAAGUGGUGGUUGGGGAGGGUGUUUUUCUUCUUCUUCUUCUUCUUCGAGGUCGAGGAGGAUGGAUGGGGAUGAGGAUAAUGGGCAUGAGACAGCAGUAAGAGCAGGAAGAAUGUAUGGCAAUAGAGGCAGAAAUAGAAAUCUGACGACGCCGACGACGACGCCGACGACGAUGAGGAUGGGAAUGAGAAGAAUGGGAAGUGUUCGGACGAUGGAGUUGGAUUGA